UGUCAAGAUCAGUAUGUGAGGACAGGCAGCAAGCGAACCACGACGUCAAGGUGGUCUGCGCGAGACCCCAGCGGGAUGUGCCGGUGGCCCUGCAGCUGACAUUCCCCACCCGCGAGUGUGCGCGCGAGCGGCGGGCGGCGGCGGGAGGAGGCGCAGGCGCGCUGCUCACCCGUCUGCAGCCCCGCGCCGAGCGCCGCGUCUCGGGGAGUUGAUGGCAGCACCACAGUGCAGCCGCCCGGCCGAGCGCAUCUCGCGGCCACUCGCCGCUGCCUGGGGAGCAGCUAAGAUGUCGGGGGACCGGGGUGGGAGCUGCCGGAGGAGCGCCAGGGACCGGGGCGCGCAGCAAGCUUCGCUCGCCCGCCUGUCCUGACCUGCCUCGCUCGCCCCCAAAGAAUGUCAGCCAAGUCCAAGGGGAACCUUCCCUCCUCGUCCUCUCCAGCCGAGGGACCCCCGGCAGCCUCCAAAACCAAGGUGAAGGAACAGAUCAAAAUCAUCGUGGAGGAUCUGGAAUUAGUACUGGGGGACUUGAAGGACGUGGCCAAAGAACUUAAGGAGGUGGUUGACCAGAUUGACACCCUGACCUCUGACCUACAGCUGGAGGAUGAGAUGACUGACAGCUCCAAAACAGACACUCUGAACAGUAGCUCCAGUGGCACCACAGCCUCCAGCAUAGAGAAGAUCAAAGUGCAGGCCAAUGCCCAACUCAUUAAGCCUCCAGCACACCCAUCUGCUAUCCUCACAGUCUUGAGAAAGCCAAACCCUCCACCACCUCCUCCACGGUUGACACCUGUGAGGUGUGAGGAGCCUCAGAGGGUGGUGACUAGCAAUCCUGUCAAGACCAAUGGCACCCUUCUACGGAAUGGAAGCUUACCAGGUGGACCUAACAAAAUUCCAAAUGGAGACAUCUGUUGCAUACCCACUAGUAACUUGGACAAGCUUCCAGUGCAGCCUCUGAUACACAGACCCGAAAAAGAGAGGUGUCCCCAGGCAGGGCCCCGGGAACGUGUACGGUUCAGUGAAAAAGUGCAGUACCAUGGCUAUUGCCCUGACUGUGAUAGCCGGUAUAACAUGAAAAGUAGGGAGGUCCAUUUACACAGUGAAUCUGUCCACCCACCGGGAAAGAGUCCCCAUCAAGGCCCUCCCCUCCCUCCUCCACCUCAUCUCUCUCCUUUCCCACUAGAAAAUGGGGGACUGGGAAUAAGCCACAGUAACAGCUUUCCCCCUCUCAGACCUGCAACUGUGCCUCCUCCCACUGCACCAAAACCACAGAAGACGAUCUUGAGGAAAUCAACCACUACCACAGUGUGAUGUAUGCCAUUAAGAACAACUUUCUGGUUUUUUCUAUAUUAUAAACAUAAAUCAAUAAGUAAUGAGCACUUUCUACUCAAGCAAUAAAAAGCCCAAAUAUAUUAAUCCUGCAUUCAACAAUGUGGCAUAAAUAUCACCUGGUAAGUAUGCAGUGCAUUGCUUAUGUCCUGGAUAUACAUUAUUUUAAAUGUUUCAUCAUCAAAAACUGCAGAAU